AUGUCUUUACCAAAAAGUUAUUUGGGUUUGCUUGGGAGAACCGUACGGCUCUUCAGCUCCUCCACCAAGGUUUUGAACGAGGCAGCCCCAUCGAUCCCCAGAAGCAUAAGGAAUGAGAGACUUAUCAACGUGAUCCCUUCGCUGUUGGGCAAAGACAGAAUCAAGGACUACGAGUUCGAAAGACUCAGAAUAGUCCCCGAAUUGAACACCUAUUAUGGGGGAAACCCCAUUCAUGACUCAACCAUGAGCAGAUUACAGUCCCUAGUACAACGUCAUUUACAUUUGCCUACGAAAGAAUUAACUAGUCAAGAGCUCCUGGAAAGUAAGUUUUUAUCAUUCCUUGAGUACAGAGAUAAUUACGCCCGUAACGAAAGAGUCAAGGUGGCUCAUCACAGAGACUUGAUCGGGUUGUUGAACAGGUUAAGAAGUAUUGACCCCCAGUUAAUGCCCAAAGAAGUUGUCGAGACUUUGAACGAGUUUGUAAGUCAAACCGGUCAAUCUACAUCGAAAACUAGAACCAUCAAAACCUUCGAUGAAAAUGGUAUAGCAAAGGCCAAAGGCAAGAAGAAGACGUCUGUUGCCAAUAUAAAAUUAGCUAACGGAAAUGGCUUGAUCAUGGUGAAUGGAGUUAAUUAUACCAACUAUUUCACCAGAGAUGAGGACAGAGACAAGAUUACCUUUCCGUUGUUGGCCAUUGACAAGUUGGCUCAAUUCAACGUAUUUGCGGUGAUCAAUGGAGGUGGUAUUAGUAGUAAGGCUGAUGCUCUUAGGUUGGGUUUGAUCAAGCUUUUAGGCCAAUUAAACCCUAUAUGGAAGAGAAGAUUGAAGUCUGCUAACUUGAGAUCUGUGGAUCCUAGAAUUGUUGAGAGAAAGAAGCCGGGUAAGGUCAAGGCUAGAAAGUCCCCUACGUGGGUCAAGCGUUAG